CUUCCGUCCUGCGCUUCGUAUUGGACGGAAGUCGGAAGGCCCGAAUUGAGGUGUGGGCUUAUUGACGCGCUCGGGGAGCCUGGCCGUAGCCGAGGCCCAUCUUCUGGUUGUUUACGUCGCUUGUGCUGCCCCUUCUGCCCUGUCUUCCAUUCAAGUGGCAACUUUUGGGCCAAAACGCGGGGCAAGACCAGGACCUGUUCUCCCCGACGCUGGCCGUUCUCUGGUCCCUCCUUUCUUCCGGGAGGCUGUGUCAGCCGCCGGAAGUGCUCCUGCGAGCAUCCCUCCCCCACAUUCACGCUCCUGUGAAUGUCGCUUUGCCCUGGAAAACCGUGUCUUUGUUUUAUUUUAUUUUUCCGUCCUUUCUGAGUAGGAGCAGGGAGCCUCUUCCCGGCGUCCGUGGCGGUGGCGCGAGCCGCUGUAGGAGAGUUAGAAUCCAAAGGCAGCGGCUCGGAGGAGCUCCUCCCUGGUCGCCUGUCUGCCGCGGACCCCGCUCCCGAGCUCUGCUGAGGACACCUGCCCCAUGGGAGUCCAAGGGCUCUGGAAGCUGCUGGAGUGCUCCGGGAGGCAGAUCAGCCCGGAGUCGCUGGAAGGGAAGAUUCUUGCUGUUGAUAUUAGCAUUUGGUUAAACCAAGCACUUAAAGGAGUCCGAGACCACCUUGGCGGCUCCAUAGAAAACGCUCAUCUUCUCAUUUUGUUUCAUCGGCUCUGCAAACUCUUAUUUUUUAGAAUUCGUCCUAUUUUUGUUUUUGAUGGGGAUGCUCCACUGCUGAAGAAGCAGACUUUGGCUAAGAGAAGGCAGAGAAAGGAUUUGGCCAACAGUGACUCCAGGAAAACUACAGAGAAGCUCUUGAAAACAUUUUUGAAAAGACAAGCUAUUAAAACUGCCUUAAGAAGCAAAAGAGAUGAACCGCUGCCCAGCCUUACUCAAGUGCGGAGAGAAGAUGACAUCUAUGUUUUGCCACCUUUACAAGAGAAAGAAAAAAAUAGUUCAGAAGAGGAAGAUGAGAAAGAAUGGCAAGAAAGAAUGACUCAAAAACAAGCACUACAGGAGGAGUUCUUUCAUAACCCUCAAGCAAUAGAUAUCGAAUCUGAAGACUUCAGCAGCCUGCCCCCGGAAGUAAAGCAUGAAAUCUUGACUGACAUGAAAGAAUUUACCAAGCGAAGGAGGACAUUAUUUGAAAAGAUGCCAGAGGAGUCCAAUGACUUUUCACAGUAUCAGCUCAAGGGCUUGCUUAAAAAAAACUACUUAAACCAGCACAUCGAAAACGUAGAAAAGGAAAUGAAUCAGCAACACUCAGGGCAAAUCCAAAGGCAAUAUGAGGACGAAGGGGGCUUUUUGAAGGAGGUGGAGUCAAGGAGAGUGGUCUCUGAAGACACGUCACAUUAUAUCUUGAUAAAAGGUAUUCAAGCUAAGAAAACUGCAGAAGGAGAUUCAGAGUCUCUUCCUUCCUCCAGUAAAAUGCAUAGCAUGUCCUUUGACAUGAAGCCACCUCCAUGUGAAAAACUGAAGCCAGAGAAAGAGACCGAGGCUACCCCUCCUUCUCCAAGAACCUUACUAGCCACGCGAGCAGCCAUGCCGGGAAAUAGCUCGAAGGAGGAGUUGGAGAGUGAAAAUAAAAGGCAGUAUGACGAGAAGAAUGCAUCUGCUCCUGUGGACAAAGGCUCUGUAUCACCAAGGACUCUCUUAGUGAUUCAGAAAGCUCUUGAUGACGAUGAAGAAGUGAAAGUGCAUGUUGGGAACGAUGUGCAGACAGCAGGGUUGGGAGUGAGAGAACAGCCUGUGAAGAGUCCUAACGAGGAAAAUGAUGAAGGCCUUAAAGAUGAGGGAAAAGGGAUGCUGUUUACAGCCGUGUCUCCUUCAGCCGGUGUGAACCGCGUAGAGGAGAGUGCAGCUAGCGCUCAUAAUGAGAAAGAGCUGAGCGACUCCGCUCGUCUAUCAAGCACUGCCUUUUGUCAAGGCAGUGAAUCCGGUGUUCAAAAAGAACAAACAUCGUUUAUUCAGACAGUGAGCAAAGACCUUCACACAAGAGAUGAAUCUAUGGAAAAGGAUAGAAAAAGUCCCAUUUCUGUACAGAGUACAGUGGUUCUGAGCAGUGAUGCACCCAGGCUCCAGACCAAAAAAGAACUGAUAGCAGCAUCCUCACCAAGUACUGUUUUUGUGUCACAGAAUGAAACAUACCCCAAAGGUCCUGAGCCCCAAAACGAUCUUGGCACAUCUGAGAGUAAACAUGAUGCCUCUGUUCUCUCAGGUGAUCAUGAACUGGAAUGUGAAAAAAAUCAUGCUUCUGAAGUCACCGGCACUGUCAAUACGCAAGAAACAAGUAGCACAGCAAUUGUCCCUUCAGAGCCAUUAAAUAACUUAGGAGAUGUGGUGUCACUUAAUGAUAAACAGCACGAGAAUUUGCUGAGAACCAUCCAAGAAAGUGAGGUAAUUGAAUCUGCAGGUCAGGAAGUAGUUUCAGUCCCAGAGUCCAUGGAACCGAGGGAAUCUGACUCUGAAGACAGUGAAUCUGAUGGAAGUUUCAUCGAAGUGGAGAGUGUAAUCAGCAAUGAUAAAAGUCAAGCCAGAUCAUCCGAGAGUUCUAAACCUCCCUCUGAACAAGGUGACAAAUCCGUUGCUGAAGAGGGACUGAUAGAAACUGAGAUGGAAGAAGCUACCAGUGAUACUGAGAGCCUCCCAAGAGACAACUCCGAAAGCAAGGGCUUCGAUAUCGAGCCACGUAAAGAAGCUGAGAAAGAUGCAGAUGGUUCAGUCAAUGAAUGGCAAGAUAUCGAUUUGGAAGAGCUGGAGACCCUGGAGAGCAGCCUCUUAGAACAGCAGAAUUCACUGAAAGCUCAAAAACAGCAGCAAGAACGGGCUGCUGCCACUGUAACGGGGCAGAUGUUCCUGGAAAGCCAGGAGCUUCUCCGCCUGUUUGGCGUUCCCUAUAUCGAGGCUCCUAUGGAAGCAGAGGCACAGUGCGCCAUUCUGGACCUGACUGAUCAGACUUCCGGAACAAUCACUGAUGAUAGUGAUAUCUGGCUGUUCGGAGCACGGCAUGUCUAUAAAAACUUUUUUAAUAAAAACAAGUUUGUAGAAUAUUACCAGUACGUGGACUUCCACAACCAGUUAGGAUUGGACAGGAACAAAUUAAUAAAUUUGGCCUAUUUGCUUGGAAGUGAUUACACAGAAGGAAUACCAACUGUAGGUUGUGUAACAGCCAUGGAAAUUCUCAAUGAAUUCCCUGGACAUGGCCUAGAACCUCUCCUGAAAUUCUCAGAGUGGUGGCAUGAAGCACAAGAUAAUAAGAAGAUAAGACCUAAUCCUUAUGACACCAAAGUGAAAAAAAAAUUACGAAAGCUGCAACUUAUGCCUGGUUUUCCUAACCCAGCUGUGGCAGAAGCUUACCUCAAGCCCGUAGUGGAUGAUUCAAGGGGAUCAUUCUUGUGGGGAAAACCCGAUCUUGGAAAAAUUAGAGAAUUUUGUCAGCGGUAUUUUGGCUGGAACAGGACCAAGACGGACGAAUCUCUGUUUCCAGUAUUAAAGCAGCUGAAUGUCCAGCAGACGCAGCUUCGAAUCGAUUCCUUCUUUAGAUUAGCUCAACAAGAGAAACAAGAUGCUAAGGGUAUUAAGAGCCAGAGACUCAGCAGAGCUGUGACAUGUAUGCUGAGGAAGGAACGGGAGGAAGAAGCCAGCGAAAUAGAAGCAGUUUCUGUUGCUAUGGAGAAAGAAUUUGAGUUACUUGAUAAGGUAAAAGGAAAAACCCAGAAAAGAAGCGUAGCAGAUAAAUGGAAAGACUCAUCAAGCCUGAAAAGAAAGAGGCUUUCUGAUUCUAAACGAGAGUAUGAAUGUGGUGGGUUUUUGGGGGAGGCCUACCUCUCAGAAUCUUCUGAAGCAUCUUCAAAUGAGGAUGCUGAAAGUUUGCCUUUAAUUAACAUCCAAAGGAGAAAAGCAGCUAAAGAGUCAAAAGCCAGCCCUUCAAAUUUGCAGAACACAGUGAAACACGAUCACGUAAAGGAUGGAGGUGACACUACCAGCAGCUCUAGUGAUGAUGAAAAGAAAACAAAAGUGAUCAUGGUGACUGCCAGAUCUGUGUUUGGAAAGAAAAAAGGGAAACUGAGAAAUGCAAGAGGAAGAAAAAGAAAAACCUAAUGUAAGAAUAUGUAUUUUCUGUGUGUAUAAAAUAUGUAUAUAUUUCUGUAACAUCUAUUAAUGAAUUUGCUGUGAGGAAAUAAUAAAAUUAAACAAAUUUGCACAGUCUUUGUAUUUGGUGUUUGGGUUUUAAAUAUAUGGGUGCUAAACUUUGCGGUUAUUUGUUUCUCAAUAUGUUGCUUUUCUUGGUGUUUUCUACUUCAUUGAUUAUUUCCUCAUAUUCACAGGUGUUGUCUAUUCAGAUUUCCCAUGUCUGAUGCUUUCUGACCGUGUUUUUUUUUAAAGAAGGAUUUAUAUUGAUCAGCACUCACUCUAAAUAUGUGUUCCUCUGACUUGCAGACGUAAGAGAAAAGGUAUCCUUAUUUUUCACAACACAGUAGUGGCAGUUCCACACAACCAGUAAGUCCUGUGUCCUGCCGCUUCCUGUUUUCCCUCAGGCUCCCUUUGAAAGAAUAACAAGAGGGAAUCUCACUGCUGAAGCAUAUUAGAAGAAUAGAUUGUCUGUGGUUAUGGCAAAUAAUGAGAAAACCUAUAUAGGGAGCACCAUUCCAUUGGUGAGCACUAACUGUAUGGGAACCUCUGUACCAUGAUGUUGGGCUUUUAAAGUACAUCCGUUGUCAAAAGGUGACUUCUGUGUAAAUGGAUUUGGGGUCUCAGGUCUAUGAUAGAACUGGUAUAGAUUGGCCAGUUCUAGGAGUGGCCUCCGGGGGUUUGUUAUUGUUAACACAGGCGUUUCUUCAGAGUGGAUCAGCCAAGGUUACUUUAAGAUUGCUCCUGCUGAGACAUCUCACAGUAACAACACCCAAACUACUGGUUGCUUAGGUUAAGAACAAUCUGAUCAGGCACAAAAUGGAUUCAAGACUGGUAUGCAGAAUCUAAGACUCAUCUUCUCAUUUUCCCCCCAUUCCUAGAAGAUAGUUUUCCAGGGGUACCAACUAAUAGCCUGGUGUUUCUCUCUUCCUUUGGGCUUUCUCUGAUUUUAGCUACUUAAUGCUUCUCAAGUUAGCCACAUGACAGCUUCAUUAGGAAAUGCCUUGAGUAAAAAGUCAGUGCUCAGCAUCAGGCUAGCUUCUCUGUCCCUUCUUUCUACAAUCUCAGGCCCUCAAUUCCUGGCUGCCUUGACAGCCCUAAACACUAUUUCGUCUCCCCUGUUCUAUGAGAUUCCCUAAAGUUGUGCUGGCAUCUUUGAGGUUGUCCUCUCUUUGGCUUCUCAGCUUCUUUCCCUGCACUCGGGAGCAAA